ACUCCGACUCCUCCGAAUUUAAACUGUGCCGGUAGGCGCCGCCCUCGCUCCCCCUCAGGCUGGCGUCACGUGAGGGAGGCGGCGAGCGCCUCGAUGGGGUAUAAUGCCAGGGAGCGGCGAGGACGACGACGAUAACGACGUCGCGGACGUCGGCGCCGUGAUUUGAGCCUGGCGAUGCCGCCUCAGGAGCCCUGAGGGAAAUGUUAGCGACGAUGCCAUGGGGCAGCGCGAGGAGGAGGGAGGAGGCGACCGCGCGCUGAGCCUGCUUCAUUUCGCUGCCCGGCGGCGGCGGCGACAGUUGGUUCCCACCGCGCUCCGAUGGCCGCGGCGGAGCCGAGCCAGGACGCCGUGCUUCAGUUCCUAUCGGAGCGGGGAGGUCGCGCUCGCAACGCCGACCUGUUGGACCACUUCCGAGGCUACCUCAACUCCCCCGACCAGCAGCGCCGCUCGCGCGCCAGGGAGCGCUUCAAGGAGAUGGUCAACGCCGUGGCCACCGUCAGGCAGGAGCCCGGCUCCGGGGCCAAGUACGUGCAGCUGAGGAAAAAGUACCGGCUGGCCGUCGCGGCCGCAGAGCCGGCUGAGGAAACCGGGGGGCCCCGGCUGCCCCCUGAGCCUGGCGGAGAGGGCGAAGCUGCCCGGCGAGAAGCGGGGGAGCCCCAGAAGGAGGAGGAGGAGAAAAAGAGCCUCCCUGUCGCUGUGGAGGAAAGCGGACCUCGGCAGCUUGAGGCGCCCGAUGCCGCUGAGGCGCCUCAGGCGACCCCUGGAGGAGGAGGAGGCGGCGGCCAGGAGGAAAGAGAGGAGCAGGAGGACAACCGCUCUCAGCAUGGGGAGCCAGAGCCGGGCAGCGGCGAGACCCCGCCUGAGGACGACUCCGCCGCCGCCUUAGGGGUGGCCCCCGCGGCGGCCCCCGCCACCACCCCGCGUUGCGCGCGCAAGAACUUCCGCGAGCGGAUGCUGGGCAGCUCCCCUCAGCUGAAGCGCGGCGGCGGCGGCACUCGCGGGAGCCGCUCCGCCGCCGGCGGGGGGGACUCGGACAGCGCCUCGCUGGCGUCGUCUUCCGCGGAGGACGAGGGCGGCGGCUCCAGCUCGGGCGGCUCGGUGGCCCUGGACCCCCUGGAGCACGCGUGGAUGCUGUGCGCUUCGGACGGCCGCUGGGAGAGCCUGGAGGGCCUGCUGAGCUGCGAGCCGUCGCUGCUGUGCAAGCGGGACUUCAUCACGGGCUUCACGUGCCUGCACUGGGCCGCCAAGCACGGGCGCCACGAGCUGCUGGCGCUGCUGGUCAACUUCGCGCAGAGGCACCGGCUGCCCGUGGACGUGAACGCGCGCACCAGCGGGGGCUACACGGCGCUGCACCUGGCCGCCAUGCACGGGCACCUGGAGGUGGUCAAGCUGCUGGUGGGCGCCUACGACGCCGACGUGGACGUGCGCGACUACAGCGGGCGCAAGGCCGCGCACUACCUGAGCCGCAGCACCGCCGACGAGGUGCGCAGCCUGGUGGGGGCCCUGCAAGACGAGGCCGACGGCGGGGCCACCAACGGCAGCGGGCGCUGGAGGCUCUCCAAGGUGCUGCCGGCCAACCUCAUCUCCUAUAAGCUCUCCCACCACCUCCUGCCCCACCACGGGGACGAUGGGGAGGCGGGAGACGGGGCUGGAGCGCCCGGCAAGGGCAAAGAACUGAGCAGGAAAACCUCGGGCAGUGGGAGGAUAAAACUCAACAAAAUCCGCUUCCGGACCCAGAUCAUCCACACCACUCCUUCUUUCCGCGGGGAUGCAGAGGAGGAAGGUCAAGAAGAAAGGUCCCUGAAAGCCUCUUUCAAGCUCAGACCUAAGUCCAAUGUGUUCGGGUAGAACAAGGAGUGUUAUUUCUUGCACCUGAAUGGGGCAGCUUGUGUGGGUGGCUGGGUCUAAUGCCACUUCCUUUGCCGGGAUGGAGCUGCUUGAGGAUAAAUCUACCUGGGACAAUGCCUUUAAUUGCUAGGCAGGCACUGGGCUAAGUAGGAUAAAUACAGAGUAGGACUUGAGGGCGUAAACAAACAGUAGCUAGUACUGUGGUUCUUGGCAUUCUAAUAACUCACCAAACUAACUGAAACACCAUUUUGCUUUAACAUUUGAGUUUUCAAUAUUUUUACUUGGAUUAAGUUUUAUGUCUGGUUACAGUCCCCGGAGCUGCUAUUUCUGGAGGGUUUUUAUGGUCCAGUUCUUACUGAGGUGGGUGUAGCUAGGCUGAACCUUUAAGGCUUGCAUGUGAUGCUUGUUCGCCUACAAGCAAAAUUUCUGCACAUGGAAAACUACCAUGUGAAGAAGGCAAAGCUUUAACUUUUCCUCUUGACAGCUUGUUUUCUCUGUGGAAGGAUUUCAGUUUUAAAAAUGAGUAUGGAAGAUUAUUAAUAACACAAGCUUUUGCUGAAGUGAUAUUACACAAGUUCAUUCCACAAUGAGAACUAUAUUUUAAAAGCCUAACUUUAGAUCCUUAGCUAAUGUAGGGUCAUUUCUUGGUGUUAUACAGAGCGAAGAGAAUGCAGGUGUGGGUGGCAUUCAUAGAAGCUAACUGAACAGUGUAGUUAAGCUUUUCCCAUGCCUACCAAUUCUUCCUUGAAAACCUCAAUGUUACAAGUUUUCUCCUGGCCAGAAACAAUUUCUGAGUCCAGAUAGAAGGGAGUGGGAGUGUUACAAUGCAUAAGAGGCAAGGGAAACACAGUACAGUAUUGGAAAAUGCUGUGGUGCCUUCCUAACAACAUAUAGUUUAGCCCUAAUGCUAAGGGGCAAGUGUUUAAGAAUGCGUAGGUAAAAGUAUGUAUUCUUAAAAAAUUGCAUGACAACUACAGUACAAGCCGAGUUUGUGACUGAGAAGCACUAAAGUUGGUGGCCAUUAAUUUAGAGGGAAAGUGAUUAUACCUAAAGGUGCACCUUUUUAUUUUUAUACUUUUGAGUUUUAAACAUACUUUACCUGUUGAGUAAAGUUAGCCUUGGAAGUGCUAACAGUACCCAAAGGUAACUUGAUUUUGUUGUGAGACGGCUCUCAGUAGCUGUCUAGUUGAGGUGCAAUUGAAUAUCAUUUAAUUUGUUAAGUGAUUAGUUGCAAAGUCAAGAGAGCGAGAGCCAUGCUGAUGUGUACUCAACAAGACUUUUCCUCAGUCAGUCAGCUCUAGAAAGGGCUUGUUUCAUUAUUGCCAAUGGGAGACUGCUGCAGACUGAUUUACUACAGAAUCUUGCAUGUUAGCUCCUAAGUGCACGCAAUGGUUGCCUGUACAGAAGACAGGUCCUGCAGCCCAUCUUUCUCUUCCUUCCCCUCUGCAGCCCCAGCAAUCCCUCUUCCUCCCAAAAGAAUCUUCAGUUCCACCAGAUUUCAGGUGAUUACUCCCUUACUCUAGCCCAGUACUACACUUUCCACAGUGUUUAAGACCCUCCAGCCCUCUGGAGCAGUUUUUCAGGUAAUGAAGGGGGAAAGAGAUUGGUUGUGUGAGCUGCCUUCCACUUGUAUGACCUCUGAACAUGUCAUUUGGGUUUAUCUUGAAGAAAAGUGCUAGUGCAUUUAACCAUUAAUAAUGAAAUACAUGUUUUAUUCAGAAGGUAUGAGCAGGAGACAUUCAUAGCACUAUAACAAAAAAAAUCCCAUAUAGUGAUCUCUUUAAAUGGAUUCCCCUACACUCUGAAACACACUUGCUGUGUGAUCCAGAGAUCAGGAGCAGCACAGGGACGCAUGCUUACUGGUACACCAGUGGAAGCAGUACCUGUUGUCUUAAGUGUGUAUAUGAGAAUAAUUAGGGGUUUGAUAUGUCAUUGCACCCCCGGUUACUGAAUAUGAAAUGUUGUCAUGUUUGCAGGCUUAUGCGCAUCAAGUACAAUGGAUAACGCAUGGAAAUCUUAAGAGCACAUGGAUUGUGCUUCCUGGAGCCUGUUACAAAAUGUCUUGGAAGCUUUCUUAUGUCUUCCUUGGCAAGAAAGUUACUUAACAGUUCCUCUUUUGAAGAGGGAAUAAAUGUGUUGUAGAAAAGCACCAACAAAACUUUAUAGCUUGAAACUUGAAAAAAAAAAUGCUUAAAAAAAUACUAAGAAUAAUAUUUGAGGGGAAGUUCCUAAUGUCAACUCUUCCAAAGCCAACAGUUCUAGCGAAACAUGAAUAAGAGAUCUGUGGUAUUAGCACUUUCUCUUCAACAAUAAGGAUAUUGGGGCUGGACCUCUGAUGCUGCUGAAAUGAAUAUAAAAGUCAAAAUGCUGCCAAGUAAAUGCUAAAGCAUGUUUCUCAGAUUUUCAGAUACUUUGGAACUGUUAAUUUUAAACACUGAUCUAAGGGGAUUCAAAGCAGUUUUUAAAGCAUGUAAUAUGAACAGUACUGUUUAUGAAAGCAGCUUUUGAUGUUACCAUGUGAGGUUCCAUAAACCACAGGAGUAGCCAUUUUAGAUGUUUUGCUAAGGAGAAUGUGUAUUUAAGCUAACACUUUCUCUGUCUUCACAACUUACUCUUUGGCAGAAGCAUAACAAGAGGCCAUGUGCAAAUUCUUUGCAGCUUGCAUAUCCACUUGAUUAAUAUCUGAAACUUCUGAGUAACCUCUUCAGUAACUGCAGCUUUAACUUCUUGAUAGACUGUAUAAAUCCAAGCAAUGCACAGGGUACAUAUAAAUAGGUAUAUGAAAAACUUUUGUGUUGAACUUUUUUAUUAUAUUAUUCCAAAAAGUCAGUGAUAGGAGUCACUGGCAGAGGAAGGGGUGUCAUCCCUGGGGGGUGUGACAUUGGCUUGGGUGGCACCCCCUGGGCUGCUUGCCACAGGCGCCCCCCUGUGGGACGCUCACUGCAGGCACUGUCACGCUGCCCCCAUGGGCAGCUUGCCCCGCCCCGGGGUGCGCUGCUCCGGGUACCAGAGCAGCUAGAUCUGCCUGUGAUAGGAGUCUGACAAAAGUUAUGAAGUCAAACUACUUACAAACAUGCCAUUGAUACUGGCCUCAUUUGUUAGCAUGUAGUGCUAAGCCAAAUUAUGGGUUAGAAUGAAUAAGCAGGCAUGCUGGUACACGGUGAGAAAAACACAGCCACUUUGUUCCUGCUGCUGUCAUGCUACUGGGGCUAAGCCAUGGUUUGGCUUAGCAUUGUAUCCCAACCUGGGAUUGUGGUUUGACCUAUAAACAAAGCCCUAGCAGUAAGCCAAUACCAAACCUUGGUCAUGGUUUGCUUGAAGCGAGGUAAGCCAUGAGACCGGGUUCAACUCAAACAUAAAGCCAAGUCAUGACUCUGCUCCAAAUUAUAUGGGAGUAACAAAGUGGCAAAUGAUUUUCUCACCAUAUACCAACUAACUUGCUUGUUCACACUAAACCAUCAUUUGGUUUGUAUUAUGCAUGAAUGAGGCCAUUGUCUAAAACCCUUACUGGAAGAAACUGAAUGAUGAAGAACAACUUAUUGUACAAGCCUCUUCUGUAUGCACACAAGCUAGAACAAAUGCAAAGGCAGUAUCAGUUUUAAUUUGUAAGCUAUAAUUACAUGUGCCUUUUGUAAAACAAAGCAAACUACAAAAGAAAGGAGUGUAUUGAGCACUUCCACUCACAUUUCAAUGGGAAGGAUGCCAGUGGUGUCUCCAUCUUUCUGCCAACAUGUAACUUAUUGUAGCAAAAGAAAUGUUCCAAAGUGUCACUCUGCACGACAGCACUAGAUGUUUAAUCUUUGUAGCAAAGAAUACAGAGUUUGACAAUUCUGCAGUGCAGAAUACUGUCUGAAGUAGAAUAUCCUUGCAGAUUUCUUUAAAAUAACCUGAAUAUUGCUAACUUCAACUUUCCUGUAUGAUCUCUAAGAGGAAUAUGUUCCAUACCAUUCUAUUUUUAAAUGUUGACUGUCUGCCAUAUUUAAAGUACUGGUAUAGCUGUCACAAUGUUGUAUUUUUAUAGGUACUGUAUUUAAAUGUUGAUCUAAGAGUUAAAUACAAAAACUUGCAUAUACUGUUAGUCUUUAGUUUUGGAUUAUAGAGAUUUUUAAACUUUUAGAUUCUUGGAAUGUUGUUACUUACGGUACUAUAGCAAUUUCAACAACUUUGUUCACUAGCUAAGGGCUCAGUCAUAAACUAGGGAUACAAUAAUUGGUAGAUAUUAUGUGAAACUGCAUCAUAGUGUACAAUUCCAAAAGUUUACUAGUAAAAAUGAUUAAGUGCAACAGUUUGAUUCUAAACACUAACUUAAUACUGUGGGGCUUUCUUGUAUACAGUAUGUCUCUUCUCCCACAACUGUCACAGGGUAACUUCUGGUGAAGAACUGGCUUUUGGUGUCAUAGUAUUGGGGUUUCUAUUUCUAUGGCUGUGUUUGGACAUAACACUAAGUCACAAUUUAAGUUUUUUUGAAUCAUACUGCUCUCAAUUCGCAUCUCCCUUAGUUGUGUGGGUAACGAACCACAGAUCAGCCAGCUUGGUAUUGUAUCUAGACCAGCAUUCAUGGUUUGUUCUUUCUCCUAAUGCUUCAUACAUGUGAUGGCUCAGAUGCAAUGCUAAGCCUGCUGCUCAGUGGUUUGUUAACUAGUCAGUUAAGGGAGGACUAAAUAAGCAACACUGCAUUCUGUUCUUGUUCAGUGGGGUUAGAAAAAUCCUAUUUGGGAGCCUAGUAAUACAGCCAAGUACAGCUGAAUUAUGGCUGGAAGAUGCACAUGAAGAUUCUUCCCUUUUUUGUAGUAUGUUCAACAGAAUUCGCUCAGAUUGACUUCAGAAUUAAAUUGCACAAAUAAUGUAGAACACUGGCAAAGUUCCGCUUCAGACAUAUUCUAUAUUUACAGGUUGCCAGCAUAUACUUUACUUUCCCAUUAAAUUAAACUUUCUUACCUAUUGACUUCACAUUCCCUCUAGUCACUGCAUUUUAAAAGUGUUUCUUCAGAUCAAAUGCUUCUGCAGAAGAAAACAGUUGUAUUGUAUUGGUAUUUGUGGCUUUACUGGUACACCAACACUUAAAUGUUGUACAGAACAUGUCACUGGGUAUGGUGUGGUACAAAAUUGGAAUCUAACCUUAAUAAAAAGGGUACACAUUUAA